AAAGAUUCUUUGAGUUGUGGCUGUUCGGAUUGUGUGCGGAUUAUUUGUAUUAGAGAUGCUUAUUUUCUCCUAUUUUAUUACUGACUAUUGGACGUUUUGUGACACAAAUAGUUUUUGAUAUAUAUUACAAAGUUUUUUUUUCGUAUUGAAAGUAGUGUUUUGCAUAUAUCAGUGCUUUUAUUUGCGUAGAAUCUUGAGUGGUUGUGUAUGGUGGUCGUCUCUUCAAGAUUUUGUGCUUCAGUCGGCUUUAUAUAAAUUCAAGGAGAUUGUCAUGAGCCUCGAUGUGAUGUGCUCCCGAUAGGGUUAUGGUGCCAGCUGUUCCGGCGAAAAUGGCUUCAUAAGUCAAAGAGGGUUUUAUCUUUGUGUGGUUCAGAGAUAAACCGCGAUGGGUGGCGUGGGCGUAUCCGAGGAGUACGUCCCGCCGCGGCUGUCGCGGCUGUUGCACUCGCUGCCUCACAUCAACGUCACGUUGCAUCGGGUCAACGAUACCUUUGCGCCAAACUCCCCUAUCUACCUAGAGAGCCUUGGAAUCUUGGGUUCGAUUCCCGGCGCGUGGCUCAUCCUCACACUUACAGUGCUGCUCAUUUACUUGCUCACGAGAUGCUGCGAUCGGAAGCAACGACCGCCCAAGAGCAUCACUGCGCUCAAGAUAACACUGAUGAUACUGUCAAUUUUGUGCUGCGGCGCAAUCGGCAUGGGUCUGUUUGGCAACGAUGACCUUCACAACGCCAUGCUUCAGAGCAUCCAGGCGGGAAACCAGCUCGCCGCUCUUGUGAACACUGUUAAGAAUCAGUCAAGUAUAUUAGAAGAAGCGAUGGGAUCACGAGCACGUGCGCCAUUGGCCCGUCUUGCGGACGCGUUAGACGCACCCGUUGCAAACCAAACAGCGCUCGGUACGCUGUUACGAGCACUGUCAGCGCUGAGAAACAACGCCAGUGCUGCCGCCUCCGCCGCUGAUAACUUGCGACGUCCCCUGGCUGCGCUGAACCUUGAUUCUUUCAUGAAGCGUGUCUGGGUGUGGGAGGCAGCUCGUUGGGCGGGUGGUAUGGCGGGUUGGUGCUGUGGUGGUGCCGUUUGCGUCGCACUCCUUGCGGCUGCUGCCCGACGAUCGCGACCUGCUCUGCUCUCGCUUUGUGUAUGUGCGCUGGGUGCACUAGUAGCGUGCUGGGCGGCGGGUGCGGCGUUAGUAGCGGGAUCUGUUGCGGCGGCUGACGCCUGCCAAGAACCCGCUCGUGCUGUUGCGUUGUACGCACCGCAUCGUCUACCACUUGACAUGGUCCACUACUACCUUUCGUGCAAGGUGUCUCGUGAGAACGUGCUGACAGCGGAACUGAGGAACGCACAACGCGCGGUGGUGGCCGUAAGACAGGCCCUUGCUAUACUCUCUAGAGGCGCUCCGGAACUAUUCAAUGACCCUGGUCUGCAACCAGCCUUGGGUGCGCUCGGAGCUGGUACAGGGGAAGCAGAGCGUGCUCUUGUCUCUUUGAGCUCGGCUCUCGAAUGUCGCAUGGCUCGGACCUACUUCGUCACCGCCGCACGCGCAGCUUGCGAUGCUGGUCUGCAGGCACUGACACUGCAGCUGUUAGCGGCUAUAGUGGCCGGAAUCCUAUUCACAGCUAUUGUUCUAGUCGAUUCCCACGCUUGGAUAUAUAUCAACACUAAGAUAGGGAGGCAAUCGAGCCUACGGGACGCCCAAAAAGGGCAGUCAUCGCAGCCCAUGGACACCCAUUAUAGUGGACGUGCUCCUAGCGGUGAGGAACAGGCUCCGUUCUUAGGCGGGGCCGGCACUCGGACUCUGCCCCGCCCGGCACCAUUCCCUAAUGGAAAGCCACCUUCGUACAGCGCUGCCGUUCAACUCAUGGACCUCAACGAUAGACCUGAUCGAGAACGACCCAGGUCACGUAUAUCAGGCAGUGCUACGCUAGGCCGUAACAGCGGUGGUGUGGGCGGCGUGGAAAGGGCGGGUGGUUUGGGUUUGGGCGGCGCCCAUACCCUGGGCCGAGCCCCUCACAACGGCAAGUACGCCACCCUGAGCAAGCAAUGCAAGACGCUUGAGAGUAAUGACUUCUACUGAGAACGGCCCGGCGGCGCGCCCGAACACAAUGCUGGUCAGGCGAGCCGCACGGGCAGCCUGAAUCGCUUCGACCCCAAGUACGCGUCGUUCGGACCUCGAGCGCCGCGUCCCCGCCCCCCUGCGCCGCCGCCCGCCCUCCACACCUUCUCGCCGGAACCGCCCGCUCACGCGCCGCCCGCCCACGACAAAUACGCCACGGUGCGUCCCCAACGCCGCACAGAUCCGCAACCGCUCUCCGCCGCGGCGUUGGAGUACCGCAGCCUCCAACGCCCGAGGAGACAACCCCACAACAACACCCACAGGCGACGCCCGGAACGACACGACCAGAGAGAUCUCUACGCGGUCACCGAGUUGUAGGACCAGCGAGGUACGAAGGUACGGACUUGCGUGCACGGUUGCACGUAUGGCGAUGAGGUUUGACGGAUCGAGUGUAGUAAAUACAAAACUUUGGUUAGUUAAACUGCGAUCCGUUGUGGAAUGUUUCAGUUCGUUACUUAGUACCUUAAUCGAUAAAGUGGUUUCGUUUAUGACUUACGAAGUCAUCCGUACUCGAACGUACGAGUGUACGCACCUAACGUACAAAUUGAUUACCGAUUCUCAACAUGAACCUUAGUGAAAGCGUCUUUACGGAUAGCUUUUUCUCUAUGCUGGACAUAGAUGUAAGAGCGUAUAAGUAAAGGUAUUGCUUCCGAGUGAUUUUACUUUUGUGUCUCGAACAAGAAAGUCUGAAGAAUCAGACUAUGGCUGUGUACUCUUAACGACUGAUUUAAGGCGUUAUUUUCCCCGUUAACGAUAAUGUUACUCAAAUUAUUUCGACUUCUCAUGAGUAAUUAGCUCAAUAUAAAUCUAGAAUAUUCGAUUUAGCAAAAUUUACAACAUUCGGCUAAAUAACGUUGUAACACGUUUGACAAAGUUUAGUGCAAAUAAAAAUAUUGGCAUUUAAUAUGUAAUUUAUGUAAAGUAGUCUGGCGCGUAGAGGCUCGGAGCCUAAAGUAGUCAUUGUAUAUAACUAGGAAUUAUCAUCAUAAUGAAUAGGCUUUGUGUGACUUUUAAUCUUUUGAGUAUUUAUUGAUGAAUGAUAAUGCACUUUUUUUACAAAUUACUCGGUUCUAGCCGAUUUUUAAUUAGAUAUAGCGUGGACCUAAUUGUAUAUAACAUUUCUUGACUUGAUUUCAUUCCAUCGUAAUAGUCGAAUGUGAAUUGGUCUUAGCGAUGUUGAGGUGCAAAACUACUGCCAAUCGAACGUUAGGUUAGGUUCUGACAGAUCUAACACCAUUUAGGUAUAAGCGGGUGAGAUUGCGAAAAUCUAAACCACGUUUUGGCGUUUAUUCUAUUUUCAUUGGCCUAUUGAAUAUUUGGACAAUAUUUUCUGUAAUUUUCGCGAUCUUUACUCCAGUGUUUGUUCUUCCAAUGCUUAAUAAACUCUAAAUA